UCCAACGCCAAAAUUCUCUCCAUUCGCUAGUUUUCAAGGUUCUACGUUCUCAAGCAAAGAGAAGAAGAAGAAGAAGCCAGGAAGCCUUCUUGGCCACCAUAUCUCCACCUUGUGCCCUGAUAGUGAAGCGUUGCUUUCAAGAUUCAAGAUCAACAUCACAAGCUCUUCAUCAUUCAUUCCAUUCACAGUAUCCUCCAUGAAUGACCAAGUCUUCUAGUCAUACUCCAUUCUCUGUGAUUGCUGCAAGAAUCGAAAGACUUAAGAAUCCGAAUUACUGGGACCCUCCAACAAGUCCUUUGAAAUCAUUGCAACUCGAUCCACAAGAAGUGGAAUCUGAAGGAUCAUCAUCACCACCAUCACAAGCAUUUUCUGAAGAAGAUGAUGACAUGGCAGGAAACGAAAAUCAAUCCAUUAGGCAACUUUCUACAUCCGUGGUUCAAGGAGGGAUCCCUACGAGCAUUGUGUACCCUACUGCUACUGAAGGCAGGUCUGCAGAACUUGCCCUUCUUGUGAAGCAAGUUGUGAGCACCAAAGGACAAGGUACAAUGUUGGCUUGUGGGAUGUGCUCUAUGCAAGGGCACAUGACUGACCAAUGUCCCCAACUCAUAGACAAUGGAGGAUGGGAGUCCCUGAAUGCCAUAGGAGGAUACCAAUGGGGUCCCCAACGUCCAAGGUAUGACCCAUACUCAAAUAUAUAUAACCCUGGAUGGAGGGACCACCCCAACUUCAAGUGGACCAAUAAUGACAACAUUCAGAACCCUCUUGGUGGUAACUUCCAACGUCCUCAAGGGAUCUUUCAAAGGCCCUACCAAACUCCUCAACAAGCCUCAGGUAAUUCAUAUUCCAAUUAUGAUAAGACGUUUGAGGCACUAACCAGUUCCAUGCAUGCCUUGAUCUAAGGACAACAGACCCAUACAAAGGACAGUCCAAACCUUAAGAAGUAAAUGGGUCAAGUUGUGGAUUUCAUGAGCAAGAUCCAUGAGACUAGGAAACUCCCUAGUAACACUAUACCAAACCCAAAAGGUAAUGUUGAGAAUGCAUCUGUUGUGACUACUAGGAGUGGAAGAGUUUUUGUGGAUCAACCUAAGAGAUCCAAGGAAGCCCACAUGGACAUUGAGGCUGAGAAGGAGCAAGAGCCCACCAAAUUGGGACUUGAGAAAGACCCUGCAACUUCUAGGGUAUAGGCAAAGACGUUCCCACCUUCUAAGGCAAUUUCGGAAAACAAAGGUAAACAUUUUGACUUGUCCAAUUCGGUUAUUGCUAACCCUUCUUCCUCUUGCAUGCCCUUUCCACACAGAUUUGCAAAAUCAAAGAAGGAUGAGAGCGACCAAGUUAUCUUGGAAACUUUCAAAAAGAUGCAAGUGAACCUACCCCUCCUUGAGGCCAUCAAGCAAGUACCCAAGUAUGCCAAGCUUCUAAAAGAGCUUCGUACCACAAGGAGGUGGUAAAGAUAAGUGAGAACAUCUCUGCCCUUAUUCAGAGGAAGCUCCCUCCCAAAUGCAAGGAUCCUGGCAGCUUCACUAUUCCCUACAUCAUUGGUAACUCUAGAUUUAAGAAUGCUAUGCUUAACCUAGGAGCAUCUGUUAAUGUUAUGCCUUAUUUUAUGUAUGAAACCUUAGGUCUAGGAGAACUUAAAUCUGACAAUGUUGUCAUUCAAUUAGCUGACAGAUCUAACGCAUACCCUAGAGGUCUGUUGGAAGAUGUGCUUAUGCAGGUUAACCAUCUUACAUUUCUAGCUGACUUCUAUGUGUUGGAGAUGGAAGACUCUCCUAUGAGUUCAACGCCAUUGCUUUUGGGCCGCCCUUUCCUAAGGACGGGUAGGACAAAGAUAGACGUGUA